ACAGAUGCGUAGGUAAUAAAAAUAUGUUCGUUGUUUCUUCUUCCCCACCCGUCGUCCACCGACACCAGCAUCGCCGCUUCCGUUAUUUAACCGCACCGUGAGUCAUUCCAGAAAUAAACAUCUAACCGCUCGCACUACAUACUGGCGAUACCUACACCUGCACUCACACGCACGCACACUACAACUGUACCUACACCACGGAAUAACACCUACUCGUUCGUCCUAGAUAGUAGAUGCCUGAUAGCCAUCGUCAGUGGUCAUUCGUCCCGUAGAUAAAAGAUUCGUCCACCACGUUCGCGCUAUUCGAUCGGUCGGCGUAAAUUGUGUGCAAUUAAAUAAUUUGUUCACCGUUUGUAAAAGGGUCGUCGGGCCGGAAACGGAAUGUCGUGAGCGCAUGUCUACCUGUCUAUCUACCAUUCGAUGGGACGGUGUAGUCGCCGGAAGGUGAACAGAAUAAAACUCCAACGUAUCCGCAGUGCACGAGACACACCGAGCUAUGUCUACUAUCAACCUUCUGUAUGAUGCAAGAUAAUGACACAAAGGACUCGGCCGAUUAUCAUUAUGAAGCGACCGAAACGGUGAGGAACAUUUUGAAAAGGCAGCUGCUCACGACCGAUUUGUUCCAACAGACAUUUUUGACCACCAUUCUCACUACUUUAGAUAAUCAUACCGUCAACAAUAAUAGUGUUAUCAAUACAUGGUUGGACACGCUGCUAGAUUUUAUUGAAUUCUUGCCUGUUGACUGCUUACAAAGAGAGAUUUUACCAUUUGCUAUUGAAAGAAGUGAUAUAUCCAAGCCUGAAUCAUUACGUUUAAUUAGUUGCAGAAUUUUUGGAUCACUUGCCCCUAAACUAAAUGCAUAUACUAUUAAACGUGAAAUAUGGCCAUGUAUUUUAUCACUUUGCCAGGAUGAAAGUGUUCUAGUAAGGAAAACUGUUUGCCAAGAGCUAAGUAAAGUGAGUGCAUUUCUUAAAGACAAUACAGACAAUUCAAAAGACUGUAUUUUGCUGCCAGCAAUUGUGGAUUUAGCUAAUAAUGCUGAUUAUGGUGUCAAAGUUGCUCUGCUCGAUGUCAUUGUAGACAUAAUACCAUGCUUUCCCAGGGAAAUAAUUGUUACUGUUGUGGUGCCAAUGGUUAAAAAACUAAUUGACACAGAUUUUAAUAAAUGUAAUUUCCUAGUGGUGGCUGUUGCCAAGAAUUUUGGUGUCAUUUGUAAAGCUCUUAGAGAUUAUUUAAGUUUUGAAGAUGUAUCUUGGUUCGUCAAUAAAUAUACAGAUUUACUGAAAAUUGAUUGCAAAACUGACUAUAUAUGUAAUAAUGAUCAUACUAUUAGUGAUAAGCCAUAUUUGACUAUUCAAAAACUCUGUGCUGCGAGUCUAACAGAAAUCAUAAUUUUAAGUUCAUCUGAUAAGGGUAGCACAACUUUGUUAAUUUAUCUUAUCAAUCAUUUGGUUGAUUUGGUCUCCGAAGAUUAUGUGGAGAUAAGAAUUGCUUUGGUUGAUAUUAUCAAAGAAGUUUUGGUAUCAUUAAAUGAUAAAGUUGUAUUGAUUUCUUCAGUGUUAAUGAAAAUGUUGUCUGAGAGAGAUAUUAAAGUUUUAAAAGUGAUGAUUCCUAAUUUAAGCUUUAUAAUUACAAAAAUGAAAUAUCAAGAACAAGUUUUAAAAUCACUGAUGCUCUUGGAAGAAUUUUUGUUUGUCCAAUACAACUGGAGAUUGUAUGCAGAGUUUUUACACCAGAUAAUAGUUUUGCCUACAUGUUACACAUCUGACCAAGUGUUUUAUGUUGGAAAAGUAAUGCUCAAUAGAUUGGAAUGUGUUAGACAAAAACCAAUUAGAGAAGCUGUUUGCACAUUGAUAUUAACAAUUUUACGUUAUAAUUUAGAUGCUAAUCAAAGAACACUACUACGUGAACAUCUCAUUGAUCGUACAGUGCAAAAUCCAAAUUUUUACAAAAGAUCAUUUUACAUAUUUAUAUGUCAAGAAGCUUUGAAUGUAUUUUCCUCAGCAUAUUUUAAAAAACAUUUUUUCUUGAGUUUACUUUCUUUGGCAGAUGAUAAGGUCGCAAAUAUUAGAUAUAGCUUGUGUAAUAUAAUGCCCAACAUAGUGAAUAUAUUUAAGAUUUCGACUGAAAAACCUUUAGUUGAUAAAUUAAUUGAUACUAUAAACAAACUUUUAUGUGAUGAAGAUCGAACUGUCCAGGAACAACGUCCACUUUUAGAAUAUUGCAAUACUACUGUUGAUCUCAUACUACGGGGUAAGAGGAUUAUGUCUGAAUACACGGAAAUUGACGAAGAUAUAAUCAAAUUUAGUGAAGAAUCUCGUUUAUCGCUUUUGAAGUCAUCUGAACGUUUUCAAUUGGACAAUGGUGGUGUGUUCUUAAAAAGUCUAAUUGAAGAAAAGAUGUUUUCAAGCCAAAUAGAUGAAUUAUUUUUUUUCACAGGUUCAAGAACACCAAAUGAAGAUGAUAAAAUUACAUUAGCGGGUAAAAAGGCAUUUAUGUUGGAAUCUGAGUUCAUCAAAGAUACUGGUGUUUCCAUUAAUAAAAUGAUAGAACAUUCGUCAAAAAUACCUACACCUGUACAGCAAAUAGUUAUUGAUCCACAAAAUGGUAGAUCACUCAAAGAGCAAAAAAUAUCUUAUCUGCCAGUAAAAAAAGAUAGAACACUCACACCAGCAUAUCUAUCACAAAAGAGACAUGAAACUAGUGAACAUGUGGUAACUCGCUCAACAAAUAUUGCCAAGAGAAAUGCCAAUUUUGGUGGAAAAAGACUUAGUGUACCUGUGAUGUCCUGUAUCAAUGUUGAUAUUAAAAAAGAUGCAAAUGGUAACCUUGUUAAGUUUGCAGCAAAAAGACCACAAUCUUGUUAUGUAGAUGGAAAUCAAAUUGUUUUGUCAGAAAUAAAAACUGAAAAAUCAUUGUCUGAUGAAUCAUUGGAUAAAAAUUCCAAAAAUAAACCUUUGAGUCGUCUUCCAAUAAGAAAAUCGCAAGGCAAAUAAAAAUAAAAAUACAGUUUUCCAUUAAGUUAAAAAACGAAACCAAUGAUCUUAUGCCAAAUUGAAAUAUUUUAACUGUGAUAAAUUCGGUAUACGCACAAAACAGUUUUAGUUUUUAACAUAUGUUUUAACUUUUAAUUACCUUACAUAUCAUAAGUUAGGGAUAGCUAAGUAUAAUUACCUUUUACAGUAUUUAAAACAUUUAGAUGAGAUAAUAUAUUCUUAAUUAAUUUAAAACUAAUGUGUAAAUGGGAGUAGUCUAAAUUACUUUCUUAUUUUUAUAUUUUAUUUACGACAUUAAAUGUAUAACCACAAUUAACCCAAAGAGUUAUAUUUUGGUAAAAAAUAUGUUCAUAAUUAACUAUUAAGACAACAUCUUGAUUUAUUAUAUUGUCUUAUACGGCUCAUAAAUAGCUUAUAAACCUUGGUUUUUUUGUUUCCAACAACGUAACUGUGAUCAUACCUUACAACUAAAAAACUAUUGUAUAAAACCAUAACCUCUAAUCUAUGAAUCUAAAUAAAUGUUCACUUCAAAACUUUGACUGUAAAAUAAAACAAAACAUUUAACAAUCAAAAUUAAAAGUGUUUAAAUUAAUAUUGGUUUCAACCAAUGUUUCACGGCCAUUGUUGUUGCACUCAAGAUUAGCCAUCGGAGUGUUAAUACCAAUUUUUUAGCUUUAGUCCUUAUUCUUGGUUACAGUGUUGGAUAAUAAAAAACCUAGGUUCUAACAUUUUUACUAGCUGGUAUAAACUGAUUAUAAACAAUACUAAAAAGUGGUUUUUCAGUCAAAAAUUUAAGCAAUACAAUAAUGCCAAAAGAUGUUUUUGCCAAAUGUACACGAUAAACAAAAGACAAAAAUAACAUAUCUUGAUGUUGCGACAGUUGAUUCUUAUCAUGAUGAACGUCAAUAUUUCAAAUUUUUUUUUAAUCUUGAACUCAAUAGAAAUCCCCUUAAAAUAAUUACCAUUACAAUAAAACUCAAUAUCUAAAACUUUUUGAUAUCUUGAACAUGUUUCUGUUCCCCUUGAGUUUCAA